CCUACUUCCUCGUAAGCCAACUAGCCAAGCCAAUCGGUCCCCACGCUUACAAGCUACAACUUCACCUCACCCCUGCUGCAUUCUCGCGUCCCAAGUUACAAUCCAUCAAUGGCGGCUUCCACUUCCGCCGCGGUUAAGAUGGCCGCCGCCGUCCUCUGCCUGAUGGUCGCCCUCUCCGUCGCCGCCGGGCAGCUCACGACGACGGCCGCCGCCGCCACCUCCACGCGCGUGGAUGAUCACGUCGUCGAGGACGACGACGACGCGACGCCGACGACGCUGCAGCAGCUGGAGACGCGCCUCGCCGACGAUCAGGACCUCGCCGACCUCCUCGACGGCGGCGACGGCGCCGCCACCAUCUGCCCCAGCAACUGCCAGAAGUGCCUGGUCAAGUGCGCGGGCACCUGCGUCGCCGACAUCGUCAGCCCGCCCACCUUCGUCGCCUGCUUCCUCAAGUGCGCCGUCGUCAAGCUCUGCUUCGCCAAGGUUUGAUCAUCAUCGCGUCGGCGGCCGGCCGGCGAUGGUCGACGGCGGCGCCGGUGCCGCUUGAUUGCUUGCCUUGUUGUCUUGCUAGCUCGUGUCUACGUACUCCCUCCGUACCUAUAUAUUUAACACCGUUAAUUUUUUUAAUAUAUUUGACAGUUUAUCUUAUUAAAAAAAUAAAAAAAUAUUUUUUUCUUAUUAUUAAAUAUGUUUUUAUUAUAUAUAUAGUUUUACAUAUUUAAAAAAAUUAAAUAAAAUAAACGAUUAAAUAUAUUUAAAUAAAUUAACGGCGUUAAAUAUUUAAAAACGGAGGGAGUAGUCGAGGUCGCCAUGCGUGCACUCCUGCAUGCAUGCAUGCGUGGUGGUGGUGUGUGGAGACGAUGAUAUUGGUGUCGCGUGUAUCAUUUCAGUUGCCGAUCGAUUUACGGCUGAUGGUGUCGUUGACCAUACAACUGUUUGGUGACUGAGGGAAAUAUAUGUAACGUGUGUCCAUCGGUAAAGAUGUUGUUGCACGCACAAGCUAGCUAGCGUGGAUUUUUAA